CUAACGAGCCUGUAUGAGAUGGGGGCAAGGAGGGUUCUGGUGACCGGGACUGGACCGUUGGGGUGCGUCCCAGCAGAAUUGGCACAACACAGCCGAGCUGAUGAAUGCGCGGUUGAGCUGCAACGAGCCGCGGGCUUGUUCAACCCACAGCUUGUUCAAAUGCUCAGCGGACUCAACGAUGAGCUUGGAUCAGUUGUUUUCAUUGCCAAAAAUGCAAACGACAUGCACAUGGAUUGGAUCAGUAACCCUCAAGCGUUCGGUUUUGUUACAUCAAAGGUAGCCUGCUGCGGGCAAGGACCUUACAAAGGAAUCGGAUUAUGCCAGCAUCGAACCUAUGCCCGAACCGAGAUGUUUACGCGUUCUGGAAUCCAUUCCAUCCUUCUGAGAGGGCUAAUAGAUUGAUUGUACAACAUAUCAUGACUGGUUCCACCACGUACAUGAAUCCAAUGAACCUUUGCACCAUCAUGGAAUUAGAUGCUAGGGUUUAGCAAAUCUUGCAGUUGCUCUUUAAUUAAACUGGGAUUUCGUUUUCUACU